ACUGAAGUAGAAGGGCAUAAUUUUCAGUUUUUUGUCUGCGUGCUCAAAUUUUUUUCAAUUCAUCCGUCUAAAUAAUAACGUCAUGGAAUCCUUCGAAUACUGGCCAAGAUUGCCUGAAGAACUCAAAAGAGAAGUUAUAAAAAACAUGGGAUUUGCUGACAGAUAUAACACUCGUCUGUGUGCAUCUCAAGAAAUGAGGCUCGUCGAUAAACUGCCAACUCACCUCGAUAACCUGGAAUUUGUUAAUCUGAUGAAGCAUUCAGACAACACUACAUCAGCUUGGCGGUGGAUAAAAUUCCAUUCAAAAACAUUGUCGACCUAAGAACUAACAGUAGAUUUGGAUUCGAGAAGUUUUCAAUUCAAAAUUUCUGCCGAGUUUUUGAAAACAAAAACUCCACCGUUCAACGACUGGAUCUUCAGCUUUUCUAUCAAUCCACAAAUCGAUCAAUUUUUGAUCUUCUGGUUGCUGAAAUUCAGAAACGAGAAAUCAAGAUCUGGGUGAAGGAAGUUCACCUGGAUUGCAGUGAAGAGCGGAAGUUCUCAUGGCGGAGAGUUGCAAAGCUUAUGACUAUUUUUAGAAAUAACCACCCAAGCCAGCUAUUUCUAAGAAAUCUUCGAGAGGAAGACUACAUCAAAAUUUAUAAAUUGGCGUUCCAAGGUGUGCCGGACCAAACGAUUAUAUCGACUGUGCCAAAGUUGUAUGAACUCCACCUAAAAUGGACGACACCGUUUAUAUCAGAUCAAUAUUUGUUUCGCGGUUGUUCACCAGGUUUUGCUUGGUCACAGCUCAAGCAUUAUAAAGCUCAUGGUUGGAAGCCAGUUGGAAGCGUCUUUAAAUUUAGAACAAUUGUGGAAAUGGACAUCGAUGGAAUUAUGCAGCUAUAUGAUGUGCAGCCGCAAUUCAGGAAGUUCCAGCAUGUUCCCGACUGGGAAUACGACAUUUCG